AGGAGAGGGACGACAGGAGCUGGGACCUGUGUAGGAGAUGGUUCUCGCCAUGCUGGGGGCUCUGCACCCCCGGGCUGGGCUCAGCCUCUUCCUCCACCUCAUCCUGGCAGUGGCACUGCUUCACUCCCAGCCUCUGAGGUCUCAGCAGUCUGUUCCUGAGGCAUUUUCCGCACCCCUGGAACUCUCGCAGCCACUCUCCGGCCUGGUGGAUGACUAUGGCAUCCUCCCCAAGCACCCGUGGCCGCGAGGGCCUCGACCCCUCCUGUCCCGGGCCCAGCAGCGCAAGCGGGAUGGGCCCGACCUUGCUGAGUAUUACUACGACGCACACCUAUGACCCAAGGCCCCCAUAAAGAUACUACGCGUGACAAA